ACUGGCAUUGCAAAUUUAAUACAGUCCGAUUCUGUUAUUUGGAGUGAAGUUUAAAUUUGUUUCUCUGAGUGGGCAAACAGUUGAAGAGGCGAUGGCGAUGGGCAGACCUCCGACGCCGGCAGGUACGAGCGCCAUGAACAUUGUUGCAGGCGCCGCUUCCACUAAUCUCAAGACAGUCCUAAUCACCGGGGUCAGCCGCGGCCUCGGUAAAGCCCUAGCACUUGAAUUGGCCAAGCGCGGCCAUACCAUAAUCGGCUGCUCCCGCUCCCCUGAAAAGCUCUCUGCUCUCCAAUCCGAGCUCGCCGCCGCCGCCUCUGAUGGUAGCACCAACGCUAACAACCACAUUUUCAUGAAUGUUGACGUGAGGUCUAAUCGUAGUGUUGAGGAGUUGGCGCGUGCCGUAGUGGAGAAGAAGGCUAUUCCUGAUAUAAUUGUGAACAAUGCUGGGACCAUAAAUAGGAACAAUAAAAUAUGGGAGGUUCCAGAAGAUGAAUUUGACAAUGUCAUUGAUACAAACAUCAAGGGUACCACAAAUGUGUUACGCAACUUCAUUCCAAUUAUGAUUGAGAACAAGCAAGGGAUAAUUGUCAACAUGUCAUCUGGAUGGGGAAGAUCUGCUGCUGCACAGGUGGCUCCUUAUUGUGCCUCAAAGUGGGCAGUGGAGGGUUUGACAAGGUCAGUUGCAAAGGAGCUGCCUCCCGGAAUUGCAGUUGUUGCACUCAAUCCUGGUGUGAUUAACACCGAUAUGCUUCAAUCAUGUUUUGGCACUUCAGCUUCUGUAUACCCAACUCCUGAGUCAUGGGCACCUAGGGCAGCUACUCUGAUUCUCCACCUUACGCUGGCUGACAAUGGUGCACCUCUCACCGUGUGAUACAAGGACAUGGCUGUUAUUGUUUGGUGUAUGAAGAGUUACUAAAAUCUAUCCUGUUUUGUACUCUCUCCGUCACAUGUUACUCGCACUUUUUAUUUUAGGCCGUAAAUUUGAUAUUGAUUUUUUAGUAUAA